UCAUAAAACUUCCGACUCGUUACUUCAGUUUGCCAGCGGUUUCGCCACGUGUUCCGACCAAGUCGCUCACACGUUCAUGUUUUGUCUAAAUAAAUAAAAAAAACUUAAAAAAAUUACGAAAAGUGAAGUUUGAUCGUCAAAGAAUUUUCGCAAGCGGAUAUAUAAAAGAGAUCUGGGAAUCGUAGAUUGAAUUAGGGUUCGUCCAUCAUCUUCUCGGUCUCGCUGUAAUUUGGAACGGUUCUGCGUGACUGCGUCACAUUUAGGGUGCGUCUUUUAGUUUGAAUAACAGUCAACCUGGCGGGAGACGAACGAUGGAUUACGACGAAGUAAAUAGUGAUCAUGAGGCGCAUGCUUCAAAAGAGUUUAUGAAAGAGCCUGAGAUCAAGAACAAUGGUUCCUCAGACGAUCUGGAUCCAUUAACUGAAGCCUUGAACAGUUACCACAACUUGCAACAAGUCCUAGAAAAAGAACUUCACAAGUUCCAAGAGCUUGGGAAAGAAUCUAUAUCUUUACUACAUGGUGGAUCAGAAAGCAGCAGUUGCAUACACUCAGGACAUGACCAAGCCGGUGAAGCAAGCUCUUCUCGCUGGUUUGGGUCUGAAAACACAGGUGAGAAGAGGUUAACUUCACUGGAUUCCGAGGUACUAAACCUGGUGAAGAAUGUAGAGCAUCUGGAGAUCAAACUAGAAGAAACAAAGCGUUUUCUCGACGUUAAAGAAUCACAAAUCCGUGAACUCGAAUCCACCAUAAGCGUUUCAGGGCAAGGAACAGAGAUGGAGAUUGGGAUAGAAGACAUUUUCCAGCAAAAGAUAGAGGCAGAGAUUGAACAUCUUACAUUCUCAAGAUCAGUGGAGAACCUAAAAAGAAAGAUCAAACUGAUUGAAGAAGAGAAGGCUUUGGCAGAAGCUCAUGGGACUUUGUCAAAGCUUGAAGAAGCAAAAACCAAAGCUGAGAAUCUAAAGAAUCAAGCUCUAGAUUUACAAGACCAUUGUGUUGACAUCAAAGAGAUACAGGAAGUGAAGAGUUUCAAGAAGAGAGUAGUUAAGACCACUUCAUGUCUUCUUCUACAGUUAGGUUUGCUGUUUAUACUGUUUAAUGUCCUGUUAGUGCCAGAGUCGGAAACCGUUGUACCCACAUGAUGUAUUUUGAUUGUUUGAAAUGUGUUUUAUUUAUUUUCGUUUUGACACUUUUUUCUUUAAAUUAUAUUUACAUAUAUAUUGUAACAUAUUUGGCUCCGACGGACCAACUCCUCUUUGGUACUUCUCUUGUUUUUCUGUGUUG